AUGAAAUUCGCAGAUGUUGCAAAAGAAUUAAAUAGGAAAUUGGAUUUAUCCCAUUACUUCGAAAAUACUAUUAAUGGACUUUGCGCUCGAUUUAUUAUGUAUGAUAAAAAAUACGAACCACUAUUUACUGACAAAAUCAUGAAAAUUACUGAUUCAGAUGAGAAAUAUAAACAGGUUGACACAUAUGCUCAAAAUAAGGCCAAGAAGUGGCUCGAGUCAUAUAUUAAGGAGAUAAAUGUAAUAAAUAAAAUCACUCCUAAAAUAAUAUCUAAUCGUGGAUAUGCUUACAAACGCGCUUACAAGAAUGCAAUCAAAACCGCGCAAUCUAUAUUAUAUCAGAAGAUAGGCAAUACCUAUGAGAUAUUUCAUGGGGAAUAG